AUGGAGAGCGCCGCAGGCAACCUCUCGGACGCGGAUUACGGGCUCCAAAUGGCCGCCUUGCAUAACAACAGCGGCGGCUUGUGCCGAGGCAACGUGAGCUCCAACGGCAGCGGGUGCGAGGGGGAGCGCGCACCGAGCGGCGAGCAGGACUACGGCGACGCCAACCCGGUCAUCAUCGCCAUCGUCAUCACGGCGGUCUACUCCAUCGUGUGCGUGGUGGGGCUUGUGGGCAACGUGCUCGUCAUGUACAUCAUCGUCAGGUACACCAAAAUGAAGACGGCCACCAACAUCUACAUCUUCAACUUGGCCCUGGCCGACGCCCUGGUCACCAGCACGCUGCCCUUCCAGAGCGUCAACUACCUGAUGGGCACGUGGCCCUUCGGCGACAUCCUGUGCAAGAUGGUGAUGUCCAUCGACUACUACAACAUGUUCACGUCCAUCUUCACGCUCACCACCAUGAGCAUCGACCGCUACGUGGCCGUGUGCCACCCGGUCAAGGCUCUGGACUUCAGGACGCCGCGCAACGCCAAGAUCGUCAACGUGUGCAACUGGAUCCUGUCGUCUGCCAUCGGCCUGCCUGUCAUGUUCAUGGCCUCCACCGUUGUCACUCCCUCCAGCAUUGUGGACUGCAAGCUGAUCUUCCCCCACCCCUCCUGGUACUGGGACAUCCUGCUGAAGAUCUGCGUGUUCAUCUUUGCCUUCAUCAUGCCCGUGCUCAUCAUCACCGUGUGCUACGGCCUGAUGGUCCUGCGCCUCAAAAGCGUGCGAAUGCUGUCGGGCUCGCAGGAGAAGGACAGGAACCUGCGUCGUAUCACGCGCAUGGUGCUGGUGGUGGUGGCCGUCUUCAUCGUGUGCUGGACGCCCAUCCACAUCUUUGUCAUCAUCAUCGCCCUGAUCAACAUCUCCAGCUCCACCCUGCAGACCAUCACUUGGCACUUCUGCAUCGCCCUGGGCUACACAAACAGCAGUCUAAAUCCCGUGCUUUAUGGCUAUCUGGACGAGAACUUCAAGCGUUGUUUCCGCGAGUUUUGCUCAUCCGGCCCCUCGCUCCUGGAAAUGCAGAACUCCGCCCGAGUGGGCACGACGGGACGUAGGGCGCCGCAGCGCGAGCCCAACAGCGCGAAGAUGGGAGACAGGUCCAAUCAGCAGGUAUGA